AAAAGAUUGACAACACAAAUUGAUUUCCGAUUAGGAAAUACCACCUGUUGCUGCUUCACCAAUUGGCCUAGCUUAUGAGUUACUACAAUCGUUCAUAACCACAAAAAUGUUGUAGUACAGAAUGCAUCCAUUCAGUGCACGUGUUAUUCUCUUAUUCGUCCCCUCUCAUGAAAUAUUUCUUUUUAAUAAAAGGAAAAAUCCUUAAAACAUUGGAUAAGCCCUCAAAUCCAAACCUCACCCUCCAUUUUUUUUUUUCCUUGCUUCAUUUUCAACACACAAAAAACUGAAAUGGAAAACAACUCCAUUCUCUAAACCAAAAUACACACUACAUUGUAUUCUCUAGUUCUGCGUUUUCUUCUUCACCUUUUGCUGUAGAAAAAUGGCGGCGGCAGUUACUUCAGUAUCUUUCUCGGCAAUUGCUCAAUCAGCGGAACGGAAAUCCACUAUAUCAUCGUCUCGUUCAAUUGAUACAUUUAGGUUCCGUUCCAAUUUCUCCUUUGAUUCAAUCAAUGCUCGAUCUUCCAAUUCCACUUCUCGCUUUGUUGUUCAUUGCGUGGCCAGUUCAGCUGCAGAUUUGCCAACUGUUGCCGACACUAAAAUGAAUUUCUUGACCACUUACAAGCGUCCAAUUCCAACUGUUUACAAUACAGUGUUACAAGAGCUAAUCGUGCAACAACAUUUGAUAAGGUACAAGAAAUCCUACCAAUAUGAUCCCGUGUUUGCACUAGGUUUUGUUACUGUGUAUGAUCAACUUAUGGAGGGCUACCCAAGUGAAGAGGACCGUGAUGCCAUCUUCAAAGCAUAUAUAGAGGCGCUAAAGGAAGAUCCUCAGCAAUACAGAGUUGAUGCACAAAAAUUAGAAGAAUGGGCUCGUACUCAAAAUGCCAAUACGCUAGUUGACUUUUCAUCCAGAGAUGGAGAAAUUGAAAACAUUUUCAAAGAUAUUGCACAGCGAGCUGGAACCAAGGAUGGUUUCUGCUACAGUCGAUUAUUUGCUGUUGGUCUGUUUCGCCUACUUGAGUUGGCAAAUGUAACUGAUCCGACCAUCUUAGAAAAGCUUUGUGCUGCACUCAAUGUAAAUAAGAAAAGUGUGGACCGGGACCUUGACGUUUAUCGCAAUUUGCUCUCCAAGCUGGUGCAAGCUAAAGAACUGUUGAAGGAAUACGUUGAAAGGGAGAAGAAAAAGAGAGGCGAAAGGGAAUCCCAGAAGGCGAAUGAGACUGUGACAAAAUGCUUGGGAGACUACCAAUAUGCUGGGAGGUAAGACAAAUAUCAUUUAGUCCGGCUUCCUGGACUUCAUUGACUUGUUCCACUAACGGAACAGUCCAUGUACAACAUGAGUUCAGUCUCCAAAAGUUAUAUUAGAAGAUCAAAGUUAACGUUGAGUGUUUUGUUAUUACAGUAAUUGAGAUAUAUCGCAAUGUUCAUUAUUUUAUGGUUAAACAGAAUAGCUUCAUUGUUGUAACUAUCUCUAAAUUAUUUGUAGAUAAGGCCCCUCUAUGUAGCGAAAAAAAAUCAAAGUGCGCUCUCAUUUUCUUUGGUUC